AUGAUUGGUCUCACCCGGAAGGACGCCACGAGCCAAAACCGGCCGCGGCGCAAUGGGGACGCCGGGGUGGACUGCCACGGCAAGGCUCCAGCAGCCGCAACACCCACCCCGACUGUCACACUUGUGGCGCCCUGGGGUCGCAAGCGUCCCCAAGGCGCCAUCACAUGUGGGUGCCCUGGGGUGCGUCACAUCGUCGAAUCAAUUCCUCACACGCCUCAACGGCUCCCAGAUGAGGUCUUAGCCUGGGCAGGGCCAUACCACCAUCGAGCCGGCCUAGCUGUGUCAUAG